AUGUCCAAUACACCGAUCACCUCCCUACCCGGGUAUCCGUAUUUUUACGCAAUACCCAUCAGCGGGUACAUACGCGACGGACCCGACAAAAGAUCAAAAAGGUUCAGCAAAAGCCGUCUGCAAGACCGCCAUUCCCUUCCACCGCCAUAUACACCUCCUCCAGCCUGGUCUCCUUAUAUCCUCGAGGGUCUGGCUGAACUGGAUGGACUCAAUGAGAUUCCUCGACAGAUAUAUCCGGAUCAUCAGCGACCAUUCGAGAACCAACAGAUCAGGCGCCCGCAAACGACACCGCCUGAGAUGUCACAGCGGAAGAGAUCUCGGUUCCCGUCUCUAUCGACAAAACACUCUUGGACGACGUAUAAACCGCAAGUCUCAAGUCCGCUGUCAUUGCCAAGUUGUGCAGGCAGUCGUCAAGAUCUCUCUACGAUCGAAGAGCAGGAACCUGACCGUAGUGGUGCAGGAGGCUCGCGUCUGGUGCCUGUGGCAGAGAUGGAGAGACAAGAGGAAGAUAUGAGUGAUGAAGAAAGGGUCCAGGCCGCGUUGAUUGAGAGUAUCUUCGUGAUGUUGCAUGAUCUUCAGCCGAACUAUUUACCUCAGCUGGAAAAGACUGUGUCACAAAUUAUGCCUCGACAGUCAAGGAAACACAGGCUUUCUCGCCAGCCAUCUGUCAGAAUCUCGCCCAUGUUUGCUUCAUGA